GUUCUUGUUGAUCCUUGUAGUGGCUUUGACACUUUUUGACCAAGUACCAAGUUUUAGGUUAGAGUUUUGAUAAGGUUAGGAGAAGAGUUGUGGGUAAAUGGAAUUGUUUUGAUACAAUACAUGUUGAAAUUGAAUAAAAAAUGAUAACCACAGAUGACUUUGGCUUGGAGGAAUACAUUUUCAAAAAUUCUCCAGAAUCAUGUAGUGAUAACUCCUACUCUACAGAUUAUAUGGAUGUUACCUCUGAUGAAGACUUCUUGUCACAAUUAUCAGCAGAUUUAGAUAUUCCUCUACUGCUCAACACUGAAGAAGAUGAGCUUGGCAUGUUGAACUCCUUCUUUGAUAAAAGCCCAGAAGAAAUAUUAUCGGAGAUUGCGUCUCCGCCCUACAGUCCUGAUACUCCUGAUAAGGAACUACCAAACACAAUGUCAGAAAACAGUAAAAUGCAUUUUUCUAACUCCAAAGUGAAAGAAUUCCCCAAUAUUUUAUCUGAAGUGAAAUGGGAAUCAUCAACUAACUCUGGAUCACCAGAUUAUAGGAAUUCUCCAUCUCCUCUCAAUUUGCAACAACCAAAUAGUCCACUGAUAAACAUCAACCAAGAAAUUCUAAUAAAUUCCCCACCAGUUUCACCAGUGUCAUUGAAGGUGAAUAUCACAAAAGAAAUUAAGAAAAAUAUUCUCCAUGAACCAGUAAAACUAUCAUCAAAUGCUUCUCAAAUUCAAAAACAUAAAACAAUCAUACCUAGAAGUAGAAGUAGUACCUUGCCAUUGAAGAAACCCAAUGUGGUUGUUCUGAACUCAGAUCUUAAGCCUGUUGUAACUUCACAAAAUAGCAAUAUCAUAGUCUUGGAUAAUAUUAAAUUUACAUCAGUUCAUAAUUCUAUAGUUUCUAAUAAACCCCUUACAACCAUGAGUAAGAUAACUCAGGCAGUAAUACCCCCUGUCAUAAUCAAUACUGGUAAUAGGCUCUCUAUAGCAAAUGCCAACAUUGAUCCAAAGGUAUUCAAACUGUAUCAGAGGAAAAUAAAAAAUCGAGAAUCUGCUAGUUUGUCUCGGAAAAGGAAGAAGGACUAUGUGACUUCUUUGGAGGAACAAGUCAAGCAAUUGGCUGAAGAAAAUAGAAAAUUACAAAUGGAAAACAUCAAGUUGAAAGAAAGAUUAGCACAAUAUGAGGAUAAAACGCCUAGUAAAAAAGAUAGCAAAACAAAACCCAGUUUAUACCUUUGUGUAUUUUUGUUGGUUUUAGGUGUAAAUCUGAAUUUAAUAAGGAACCCUUUUAGUACAAAACAUGAUUUAGAGUUGAUACAAAAAGAUAUGCCUAAAUUGGGGAACCAUCCUGGCAGAAAUUUACUCUGGGCACCAGAGGACAAUGAUCCAAUUAGGAAUAAAACGUCAACGUUUUCACCAUUCUUUAUGUGUCCUGCCACUAUAAAUCAAACUGAAAGUGCAAGAUUGGUUCUGGAACUAGAAAGGUGGAUAGGUAAACCAGCUGACUCACCUAUUAAAUCCAACCCAGAUAGAAAUGUUUCUAAGCAAGUCAAACCCAAGAGAUUGCGUAGCACUUUUCAAAAACGAAGCAGAAACAGAAAUGAACGUCUAGUUGAUAAUAACCCGAAGAACGAAAUCCAGGUUUUCCAGAUGAGGCCGGAACAAAUAUAUUCGGAGUUUUUCGAGGCAAUCCAUAGACGGGACGAUACUUUUUAUGUCGUCUCUUUCACUGACCAGCACAUGCUUUUGCCGGCAUUGUACCAUAAUAAAACUAGGAGACCGAAGAUGUCUUUGAUUAUGCCUUCAAUGUUAUCGAAUGAUACAGCUUCUAAAACAUCUAUGAUACCAUUGAUGCAAAUCGAUUGUGAGGUUCUGGAUACGAAGCUCAUCCAGGUCAGGCAGGCAUCAGUGCCGCAAAACAUGAAAGUGUAUAGUAACGCCACCAAAGAAGAUCCUGCUAGCUUCAAGGUAAACGAGUCCACAGGAAAGAGAACUCGAUACAAUGAAAAGCCUUACAAGCCUUACUUCAUGAACAGGAACUCGUUUGAUAUAAAGGGAAAGCUUUUCGAUUUGAACUGAAUCUUGGUUACCGAAUUAUUGGGUGAACGGUAAUUAGAGUAGGGGGGAAUGGAUAGUUUGUCGGAUUAUUUUUGAUCUCAGGAACCAGUGAAAUGUGACAAACCAUUUUUGUAUUAUAUUUUAAAAUAUAGAUAAUAAAUAUUAUCGAUAGAAUAGAACAUAAUUAUUAUGUAAUAAUAUAUAAUGUGUUGGAAAGUAAUUCACCAAAAUUAGAAGGUAGUGUGCAAUACUUGAUGAAAAUAAAUAAAGUUUUUAUUAUUGUUUA